GUUCGCCCGACUCAGUCAUGUGAUAGAAGCUGCGGUCACAUGACUUGUUAGCCGCAAGAUGGCGAUGGAUAAAGAGUAAGAGGCGGACGGGAGGGUCGGUGCGUGUUUACAGUCUGGGGGCCGGACAAGAUGGCGUCUCGCCACGAUCACGCAGACACGUCCCCGUUCCUGACUCAGGCAGAUGACGUGGAUGAGGUGAAAGCCGUAGGGGUUCCUCCGCGUGUGCUGGAUGAGGAUGACGAGGAAAGCCACGAAACGCACGACGUGCACGCCCUGACCGGCAUCUCCUACAGGCGCUCCGUCUCCAUCGUAGUCAUCCUCUUCUACGUCAACCUGCUGAACUACAUGGACCGCUUCACUGUCGCUGGAGUGCUCCCGGACCUGGAGAGCGCCUUCAAGAUCAAGGAUGGUUCCUCAGGAUUGGUACAAACAGUCUUCAUCUGCAGCUACAUGGUGCUGGCUCCAGUUUUCGGAUACUUGGGCGAUCGGUGGAACAGGAAGUACAUUAUGUGCGUGGGGAUCUCCUUCUGGUCGAUCAUCACCCUGUGCAGCUCCUUUAUUCCCAAAGAGUAUUUCCCCCUCUUCCUGUUCACACGCGGACUGGUCGGAGUGGGAGAGGCGAGUUACUCCACCAUCGCCCCCACCAUCAUCGCUGACCUCUUUGUGGCUGACCAGCGGAGCCGCAUGUUGUCCAUCUUCUACUUCGCCAUUCCAGUGGGCUGCGGCCUGGGAUACAUCGCGGGGUCCAAGGUGACGAGCGCUGCCGGGGACUGGCACUGGGCUUUACGGGUCACCCCAGGUCUGGGCCUCAUCGCUGUCUUGCUGCUUGUCUUCUUUGUGAAGGAGCCUCCCAGAGGAGCCGCGGAGAGGAAAACCGACAAACCCCUGAACCCCACUCCUUGGAUCUCGGAUGUGAAGGCGUUGCUGAGAAACCCGAGCUUUAUGCUUUCUACUCUUGGGUUCACGACGGUGGCGUUUGUCACAGGCGCCCUCGCCCUCUGGGCUCCAUCUUACCUGGUGCGGGCGCGGAUCGUGCUGUACAAGACCGAGCCCUGUCAUGAUGCUAUAUGUAACUAUGAUGACAGUCUGAUCUUCGGCAUGAUCACGGUGCUCACCGGCUUCUUGGGUGUUUUCGCCGGAGUGGAGAUCAGUAAACGGUACCGCAAGGUGAACCCCCGCGCAGACCCCAUAGUGUGUGCUUGCGGGAUGCUGAGCUCCGCCCCCUUCCUGUACUUAGCGCUGGUCUUCGCUGACACCAGUCUUGUGGCCACCUACGUUUUCAUCUUCAUCGGGGAGACGUUGCUGUCAUUGAACUGGGCCAUCGUGGCUGACAUCCUCCUGUAUGUAGUGAUCCCCACAAGACGCUCCACUGCUGAGGCCAUGCAGAUAAUGGUGUCCCACCUGCUGGGCGACGCCGGGAGCCCCUAUCUCAUUGGGGUGAUAUCGGACCGUAUCAGCAGAGGGAAGCCGGAAUCCACCCUUCUGUCGUUCCGCAGCCUGGAGUACGCCCUCAUGGUCUGUGCCUUUGUGGGUGCCCUCGGUGGAGGUUUCUUCUUGGCGACGGCCCUCUUCAUCGAGAAGGAUCGGAAAAAGGCGGAAAUGGUGUCGGAAGGUCUGGUGUCUGAGGCGGAGUCGGUUGAAGACGGAAUUGUGGUCCCGAAACGUGGACGGUCCACCAGGGUCCCGGUCUCCAGCGUCCUCAUAUAAGCCCCUCACGGACUGCAAUCACGAGGGACAAACUGUAGAGAUUCUUGGCUUGACCUGGUACCAGAGAUGAAGGCGCCACGUUUGGCCGUGGCUGCUACUGGUGGAAUGUGGAACUCAGUCAUGUCACCUGGUGACCUGAUGACGAUGAUGCCCAGGUGUGCGGUUGAGGAAGUGCCCCCCCCGUGCUUACAUCUCCACCCUAAUAACCCUGCACCGCCAUGUCUUCGGUUGGACCGCCGCUCACAACUCAGGACCUGCUCCAAAUGUUGCCAUUCCCCGUAUUUAAUAAUGGUUUUGCGAACUCAAGACGCUGGUUUUACAUUUGGCUCUUUUAUGGGCAAUGAAUGUUUAACUUUUUAAUGGGAAAUACAGUUUUGUUGGGUACCGAACACGA